CGCGCGGGGAUCACCGCCGAGCGCGCAGCGUUCCCGACGCGCCCGUGCAGCCGAGCCCGGCAAAUGGGCGCAUGGAGGAGGAGAGCGGGGACAUGGACUGCUAUCUGCGUCGCCUCAAACAGGAGCUGAUGUCCAUGAAAGAGGUGGGGGACGGCCUACAGGAUCAGAUGAACUGCAUGAUGGGGGCGCUGCAAGAACUGAAGCUCCUCCAGGUGCAGACGGCAUUGGAACAGCUGGAGAUCUCUGGAGGGCCUCCUGCUCCCAGCUGCCCUGGCAGUCCACAGACACAUGCGCACCCUUGCUGGGAGGGUGGCGGAGGUCCUGCCGGGCCUGCAGCCCACCCCGCCUCCAGCCAGCCUUCUUUUGGCAGCAGCACCAAGCUUCCAUGCCAGAGGAGGGUCUAUGGGAAGGAUGUCACUGCUCUGUCUAGGACACAGCUGCAGGACUACCAAAGCUGUGCCCAGCAGGGGCCAGAGUGGGUGGAGCCCGAUGACUGGACGUCCACGCUGAUGUCGCGGGGAAGAAAUCGGCAGCCCCUGGUGUUAGGGGACAAUGUUUUUGCAGACCUGGUGGGCAACUGGUUAGAUUUGCCAGAACUAGAGAAGGGUGGGGAGAAGGGUGAAACUAGGGGAUCAGGUGAGCCCAAAGGAGAGAAAAGUCAGCCCAGGGAGCUGGGCCGCAAGUUUGCUCUAACAGCAAACAUCUUUAGGAAGUUCUUGCGUAGCGUGAGGCCUGACCGCGACCGGCUACUCAAAGAGAAGCCAGGCUGGGUGACACCCAUGGUCUCCGAGGCCCGAGCUGGACGCUCCCAGAAGGUUAAGAAGCGAAGCCUUUCCAAAGGCUCUGGACGGUUCCCCUUCUCAAGCCCUGGGGAUCCCAGACACGAAACCCCGGCCACAAGUAGCCCCAAGGCCAUGGACCUCUCCCGCACGCACUUUGACAUUAACACAGCUGUUUGGGUCUGAAUUCUAGAUGGUCUGGCUAAAUGUGAAAGGCCAGUCCUGAUGCUGGGCCCCAGGGGAGGAGGGAGGGCAGGUGAUAGGGCCUUCAGAAGCCCAGGUUCAAGUUUGUUUCCCCCAGAAGAAGGGAGAAACCAAAGUUCUCAGGGAGGGCUCACCAGAAGACGGGCUGGUGGAGGCAAGAGUUUCUGGAGGAGAGAGAGAGAGAGAGGAAGAGGUGUGUGUGUGUGUGUGUGCAUGUUUGUGUGUGUGUUGUAUUGUGUUGAGUUCUCUUUGGAGCUGGAGGUGACAGUUGCUGGGAGAGUCAGGAGACCAGGAAAUGUCUCUGACAACAUCCCUCUACUACCCUCCCAGACCCCAGUUUAACAAUCUUAUGGAGUGGGGCCUUGGGGUCCUAGGUUCCCCAGAGAUGCUCCCAAUAAAGAUUUGUUUUGGGUGCCCCCAACCUUUUAACUGUCUGCUUUCCUUGGAAGGCACUGCUGCGGGCCCAAGCAUUGACAGGCAGGCCUCCCAGGCUAGAGGGAAAUCUCCACCCUGAGCCCCUCCUGGUGCCAGGGAGAUUUCAGCCCAUGGCAGGGUUCUGGGAAAGAGGCUGAAUAAGGAGGGUAGUGUGCAGAGUAAUGGGGAAGAUGGGUACAUGCCCAUGUGCCCUGUGCUUCACAGGAGAUAGGCGAUGUGAGGGUCUGGGUACAUAUGUUCAAAAGCUACCACCAUGCUGUUUUGUAAGCGGGCCCCAGCCCUUUUCUACAUGACACAGCAAUAGGCUCAUAGACCUCAACAGGCCCAAGAACUCAAGGCUGCCAGAAGGUGAACAGUCCAGGCCGAAUGCACACAGUGGUUGGACCCUGAAGUUCACACCGUCCGACCCGAGCAGCUCUGAGCAUCUCUGUCCUGCAGGGGCGUUGCCAUGCAGUUUAUAGGUAAAUACUCCAGCGAGGCAGGGGUGAACCCAAGAGAAACACCCACUCAUUUUAAAAAUUCCCAUCCCAUGGCCCCUCUGCCCUGGACAGAGCCCAGGGCUGCCUCUGCCCUCUACGUCCCAGAGUCAGUGGAGCCAGCCGGGGCUCUGGUUUCCUUAAAGCAGCACCCAGGGCCGCCGCCUCAGCCCAUGGAGGUCCAUCUCUUCCCUCAAUCCCCCAGAGGGAAUGCCUGCUGGCAGAGAGGGGACAAUGCAGGUCCCUGUUAAAGCCUUACUCCUCCCUCAUCCCCUCCUAAGGCCACAGCUCAGCCUGAUGGGGUGUGACAGCUGCAAUUAGAGGCAAACUGCCUGCCCGCCCCUGGAGCAUUAAAAACAAAUCGGGGAAGAAAAAUAACAAGAAAGGCUCUUCUGCCUGCAGACUGGACCCCUCAGGGGACGGGUGGAAGGAAGGGCUUAGAGCCAGAGCUGGGGGUAUUGGCCCAGCGGAGGUGGUGAGGGUCAAACAGUCAAAUGGUAGAUGGUCAGUUUGGGGUGAGGUCAGCUAAGGAGGGGAAGGAAAGAUUUUUAUUAUUCUGCUUUUGAGCUGUCAGGAUUGCCAGGCAGUGUAUCAACCCUAGGAUGCCCCAAGAAAGAAUUAGUUUCCAGAUACAUCUGUGGAGGUUCUUAGAGGGUCAAAGGGUCAUGCCAUACAAGGAGCCAGCAAAUGAAGGGAGUGCCGUUUGAAUCUCAGGGUUCUGGGGCUCCCAAACCCCUGCUGGCCCCGUCUCUGCCUCGUGUUUGCCCACUGACCUCCCUCCUUCUGCCCAGGCAGGCCCUUGCCCAUUCUGUCUCCCUAAGCACUCUGACAUUGCUGUGCUAUGAAGGACUGGGACUGUGGCCCCUUGGUGACACUGGUGAUGUGUGUGUAGACAUUGAGCAUGAGAAGAAUCCACACUGUCUCCCAAGAGGAGGGAGCCACCCAGCAAGUCAUUCAAGAGGACACUAGCAAUGACAUUUCAUGUGGGAAAUCAAGCCAGCCCUUUGGUCAUUCAUCUGCGACCCAUCUGUUUUUGUGGACUGAUCAUAGCAAUUCAGCUGAACAAAACGAUAAACCCCACCCAGGGCCAGAAAGAACACUGAUAGAAAAGAACCUAGCUGCUGACCUCAAGAGGAUACCAUGGCAAAGAAGUCAGACUCAAGGGACUAAGACUCAUUUUAACUUGGGACAGGGCAAAAACCACUGGGAAGUGACUUUGGCUCCCAGCGUAACCCAUGGGUGCCAGCCACCUUUGCUAGCCCCAUUUCCCUUUUCAUGGCCCCCUGGAAAUGAUCUCUGUUAUCUUCUUUUACCUAGAUAGGCCCAGAGAAGUUAGCUUGUCCAGCUUUCACACAGUACAGGCUGGGAUUAAGACAGUGCUCUCUGACUUCCAUCCAGUCUUGUGCCUGCCCGUAAACUGUUGGUAUCUGCUCCACAGCAAGCCAGGGACUACAAAACCUCCCAUGCUACCCAUAUCCCUGCAUAGGUAACAAAGGGCGCGCUGAAUACCUGUUGGAGGAACUUUGCCUGUGCCUUGAAGGGGCCAAAAUAAUGUCUCAGCCACUAUGUCAUGCUUAGCUAGUGAAAGAGUAUGGUAAUUCACUUACCCUCCUAUAAUUUUUAUGUCUCUUUCCCCAUCUGGCCUCCUGUUGAGACAAUGUGGAGAUUUUUGCUGAAGCUGAGUGAGGCGGUGAGUGAGAACGCCUAGGGCUCAGCUCUCACGGGAGAGGGCAGCGUGUACUGGAGGACAGUGAAACUGAGCAGAAAGAAACUGACAGCUGGAUUUUGCCUCUGGGGCUCAUUUUAUAGUUAAUUAGGACAUGCAAAUGAACCGGAAGCUCAUUUACUAUCUUCCCUGGCAAAUAGCCCCCCCCUCCCCCCCACACCUGGCUUAAUUCCUGGGCAGGUCCAGGUGGCCUCUGCCUGGACCAGGCUCAGAGCUCUACCUGCUUCCCGGUGGCUCCUGGGAGUUCAUAGAUGCUCUAGUACAGACACUAGAAGACUGUUGGACUCGAUUGGUGGAUCCUGCCUCCUGCUUCCUUUUGCCAGCCUCGCAGAACAGGGGUCUCUUCUCCCCUCGUUCACAUGUCUCUGCUGCUCAGUCUUUCGGAGCCCAAAUUAGGCUCUGAGGAACAGAAGCUCAGCCCUAGUCAUCAUCCCACUUGCUUAGGAGGACCUUGAGGGCAGAGUCUCCGGGAUUCCUCAAGGACAUGGUCAAGCAGGCGCCUAGCACAGCUGGGGCGCCGCAGCAUACUCAGCUCCUUCAGAGCAGCCCUGCCUCGGGUGACCUCCCCACAGGGCACCUCAUCAUUCCUGCCAGUGUUGGUACAGGACCUCCUGAUUUGAAACCAAACAGGAUUUGAGACCCAUUCCUGUCACGGUGUGAGCUUGUAGAUGUGGUGUGAUCUCUAAGCCUGGUUUUCUCAUGUGGGAAGCAAGGAUGAUGCAAGGCUGCUAUGAGGAACGGAUCACAAGGCACCCAGGGGUGAAGCACACUGUGACACACAAGCCCCUCCCAAGAAAGACUGGCCCCUCAGUGCCGUACGAACCAUGUACCCCAAGGGACAAUUCUGAAAAUAAACACAGCACUAUCUGA